GAUCCACUAACAGUGACGUAUUGGGGCCUGUUACUGGCUGGUGGGAGUGGGGUUGUUCCGGGUUGGCUGAGAGAACGAGAGCGACAGAGGAGAGGGCCGAUGUUUCGCGUCGAAAAAGGACAAACCUCCCCCGUAUCCUUACAGACGUGUGCCUAGCAGUCAAGCAAAGCAGCUCGACCCAUCUGAACGACAACUGUCAAGAUCAAGACUUCCCGCAUCAUUGUCUCUGAAUGGAUGACAAAUUCGACGACGAGUAUCAAGCAUCGGCCGACUGGCUGAUGUCCAAGACGUCCUGCCGGCCCACCGUGGGCAUCGUUUGCGGCUCGGGUUUAGGUGGCCUGGCUAAAAUACUCGAGGAGCGCCAGAUCUUCAAGUACGCCGAUAUCCCCAAUUUCCCGCAAAGCACAGUGCAGGGUCACGCCGGUCAGCUGGUUUUCGGGACGCUAAAGGGAAAGGCCUGCGUUUGUAUGCAGGGCAGGUUCCACCUGUAUGAGGGAUACCCCGUCCAGAAGGUGGCGUUCCCCAUGCGUGUCUUCAAGCUGAUGGGCGUGGAGACGGUCAUCAUGACCAACGCGGCCGGCAGCCUCAACCAGGACUACAAGGUUGGCGACGUGAUGAUCAUCAAAGACCACAUCAACAUGCCGGGAUUUGCCGCAGUCAACCCCCUGGUGGGACCCAACAACGACAGGUUUGGCGUGCGCUUCCCCUGCAUGUCGGACGCGUACGACCGCGAGCUGCGCAAGCUGGCGCACGAGGUGGUGGCCGAGCUGGACUUUGGUGACUUUGUGCACGAGGGGGUCUACUGCCUCAUCGGGGGGCCUUCUUUCGAGACCAUCGCAGAGUGCCGCAUGAUACGUCAGCUCGGAGCCGACGCCCUGGGCAUGAGCACGGUGCACGAGGUGAUCGCGGUGCGUCACGCCGGAAUGCGCUGCCUGGCCAUGUCGCUCAUUUCCAACCGGGCGGUCAUGGACUACGAGAGCGAGGCCAAAGCCAACCACGAGGAGGUCCUGGAGACGGGCUGCCAGCGGACAGCGCAGCUCGAGCAACUGGUCAGCACGCUGGUUGGCCGCCUGGAGCUGUGCCACAACAAGUCCCUGUGAGGAUGGCAGGGUUUUUGUAAGUGGCCAUUUAAGAGGAUUUUUAAAAAAUACAGCUAAACAAAGCAUUAUUUGCUGGUACGUUCAUCCUGGCAAAUAUUUAUUUCCAUUAAACCCAAAAAUCGUCUUUGUGGCAUCCCUAUGGAUUUUUGUUUGAAAAUCCAGCCAACAAAGCCACUUGCAUUUAAGAGCAACAUCAUGAUGAGACCCACAAAAAAAGUCUCAAAAAGCCAGGCCGGAAAAGUCACAGCAAGUAUUCCAAUUAGGGUUUGAAACAAACAUUUGCGUGACAUUUUCAGGCGUCCUUUCAAAGACAAACGAGAGGGUUUUUGUUCCAAAAUUAGAACUCCAAUCAACCAAACUCAAAGUGUAUUUGACUUAGCAACAUGAAAUUCAAUUGAAAUUUUUAUUCGGAGUGGACACUCCAAAACGUCCCAAGAAACCAUGCCCGAAAAGACACAGGAAGUCUACCAUUGCGAUUCAAAGUCGCCAUUCUACGGGUAAUAUCUACCAUUUCCUGGGUUCAUAACCAUUCUUUAAAAAUCCCCCUCCUGAUCCCCAAAGCCAGUUUCUCUGAGAAACGUGACAUUUAUCACACAUGUCCAUCACUAGUUAGACCCACAAAAAAGUCUUAAGAAUCUAUGCGGUAAAAUUCUCAAGGAAGCAGCAGGAAGUGUGCUAGAGUGGCUGCCUUUCCAGCAGCUCCAAUUUUUUUGUUGUUCUACUUCUUCCUUUCAUAGCUUUGCUGCUGUGAAUCUGGAAUUUCUCCAUUGCGAGACUAAUAAAGGUUUUCUUAAUCUUAAUCUUAAUCUUAUUUUGGGUUUGAAGCGACCAUUUUAGGACAUUCCUUGGGCUCCUCCAAACUAGAGAUUUUUUGAGACCAAAUUGGAAGGGGCGCCAACCAAGCUCAUAACUGGUAUUCACGUAGACGCGUCACAAAGAAAGUCAAGAAACCCACCACCGGACAACACACUGGAAGCAUUCUAAAAUGAGUCCCAAAUGUCCGUGAAAAAUGAACUCCACCAGGAAAUGUACAUUUUCCUCACCAAAAUGGAACUCCACAUUCUAAACAAGCGGAUGAGUUUUAAGUUGCAAGUUUGCAUCCAAGUUUGUUAGCCGCCUACUGUCCAGGGUUAAUACAUCAACACAUACCUCCGCUCGAUGAAACAUUGAAUGCUAAAAAAGUCACGCUCUACUUUCUCUGGUGUGUCAUGUUUCACUCAAAAAGCAGAACUCAACUUGAAAUGCUCUUACUCUAUUUGUGCACUCACUGAUUUAUUCCACGAUGACAGAAUUGGGUGAAGGGAUUUUUGUAAAAGGCGUGAUGUGACCGAAUAUUUAUCUCCAAAGUGUAUUUGUGAUCUAUUGAUAUACACAAAUACACUUUGUGUAUAUCAAUAGAAGAUGUGUAGUGUGGGGAUGGACCAAAACCGUGGGAACAACAAAAAGUCUGAUCAGUGUCCUCAGUUGAUGUUUUCAAACUAUUUUUGCCAUAAAAUGACUCACUACAUUGACAGUCUUAAAUGUCCUGUGUGAUUUUUUUUCCAGGAGUGUAUUUACUUUUAUAUGCUAAUAGCUACAAUUAAUUAGUCCUACAAGAAAAAAUGCUCGCUGAAGGCUUUUGAAACAAGUAGCCAUUAAAUUGUGAAACGAAUGGAUGAAUAAAUUCAAUGUGACAUGAA